AUGGCUUUAUAUUUUUUGGGAUGGGAGUUGGAGCUUCUAGAAGAAAGAGUUAGGACAGUUGAGAGGCGGUUGGAAAGAAGAAUGUUACGUGACACAAAAAAUGCUUACGAACUUCCAAGGAAUGAGUUCAUGGAUAUCUUUCGUUUAAGUCCGGAAUUAUCAAUGGACUUAACUAAUACCCUUCGUCCAUUUCUUCAACGCGAGCGCAACUCUGGAAUUCCAGUAGAAAUCCAGGUAUUAGUUGCAGUUUACUUUUAUGCCAAGGGUAGCUAUCAACGUGCUACGGGUGAUCAUUUCGAUUUAAAUGUAAGUCAGCCAUCAGUGAGUAGAUGUCUUCAUGCUAUCACCGACGCUAUUAACAAUAAUCUCUUGAGACAAUGGGUACGAUUUCCUAUGACAAAUUUAGAAAGGAAUAAUGCUCGUGAAGAAUUUUGUAAUGCACCACAGCCGUUUGAAGGUGCCAUUGGUGCUAUCGAUUGCACUUACAUAAAUAUUCUAGCCCCUAAAGACCAUGAAGAAGCUUUUGUUAACCAUCAUGGGAAUCAUUCAUUGAAUGUCCAAGCCGUAGUUAGCCCUAAACUAAAAAUACUUAAUAUAAAUGCCAGAUAUCCAGGAGCCAGGAAUGACUCUUAUAUAUGGAGCACUUCACCUAUCCGACGUGCGAUGGAAUUCCAUUAUAAUAAGGGUGAACGCCAUACUUGGCUUAUUGGUGAUUCUGGCUAUCCAUUAGAGCCUUGGCUUAUGACUCCACUGCCACAUUAUAGAGAGGGCACAAGGCAGUUAAAAUAUACAAUGAAACACUGUAAAGCCAGAAAUGUUGUAGAGAGAUUCUUUGGAGUUUUCAAAAGUGUUUGGAGAUGUCUGUCCUAUCAGCGUGUAUUAAUGUAUGCACCCGAUAUGGCUGGUAAAAUUGUUAACGCUUGUGCCGUCCUUCAUAAUAUGCGCAUCCAUUACCGUAUCCCUAUAGAUGUUGAAAAUAUUGAAAAUGGAAACAAUGAUGAAUAUGCUAUUAGGAAUUUUCAACAAAAUGAAGAUGAAAUAGCAGAGAGUCCUAGAGACCUAGAGCUGUUGCAAUGCAAAUUCAAAAACAAAUACUCCAAAAUUGGUUCCAUGGAUACAUUGAUGGUGAUGCUUAAACAUAAUAAACAGAAAAUAACAAAACAAAUAAAUUUAUAUUUAUCUUUAAAAAUGUGUAACAAACUCAAAAUAGUUGUAUGCUUUGUAUAA